AUGAGCUAGUAACAUUUUAAAAGUGCAAAACGUCUUCAGGGUUUUGAAAAUAAACGUGUUUAAGACAUUUUCACUCCUCUUGCGAACGAAACUAAGUCAAUCAACUUGGGACAAGGCUUUCCAAACUGGGCUCCUCCAAGCUUUUUCUAGGAUUCUAUUUCAAAGUAUGUUUAAGAGUCUAGCCAUUAGUACACUCGUGCAUACGGACACUAAAAAUUGAUUAACGCUAUUGCUAAUUUCUAUUCACCACUCUUUAACAGAGAAAUUGAUCCUUUAACUAAUGUUUUAGUUUCAAAUGGCGGUAUUGCUUGUCUUUGCAAUGCCUUUUUAGGUAUGGUAGAUCCAGGUGAUGAGGUUAUUUUAAUAGAACCCUCUUUUGAUUGCUAUCGUGCCUAAAUAAUGAUGUCUGGAGGUAUUGUGCGCUCUGUUCCUCUUGAGCCUAAAGGCAAAGUAACUAAAAACGAUUUAGUUAGACGUGGUCUUGAUGAUUUAAAAUACUCUUAAUAAGAUGAAUGGGAUAUUGAUUGGGACUUGCUUGAAAGAUCUUUUAAUGAGAACACAAAAGCCAUUCUUUUAAACAGCCCCCAUAAUCCAACAGGAAAGAUUUUCUCUUAACAAGAGCUUGAAAGAUUUGCCGAAAUCAUCAAGAAAUACGAUCGUGUUGUUGUUAUUUGGGACGGUGUUUACGAAGCACAUGCUUAUGAUAAAUACGAACCUUUAUAGAUACCAAGAAUAGCUAAUAUUCCUGGUAUGUGGGAGAGAACAAUCUCUGUGAGCUCUGCAGGAAAGCUCUUUUCUGCAACUGGAGUACGCAUUGGAUGGGCAAUCGGUCCUGAGCAUUUAAUCAAAUGUACUGCUGCAUUCCAUUAAUACAACGGAUUUUGUAUUUAUGGACCCUUAUAAGAAGCUAUUGCAGACACACUGGAAUAAUCCUUAAAGGGUGAUUAUUUCUAAGAAUUUAACAAGAAGCUCAAAGAAGGUCGAACUAGACUCGUUAAAGAAUUGAUAAGUUCCCCUAUUAAUUUUAAUAUUUAUAUCCCUGAGGGUGGUUGCAGUGUUUUGGCUGACAUUUCUAAUAUUGAAGUACCUUAGGCUUACUACACAAAUCCAGAGUCGAAUCGCCCUUAUACCAAAGAUUGGGCCUUCUGUCUUUGGCUUUGUAAAGAAAAGGGUGUUGUUGCUCUGCCAUGCUCUGCCUUUUAUUCAAAAUAAUAUGCCCAUAUUGGUUAAAAUUUAGUAAGAAUUGCUUUUUGCAAGACAGAGGAAACCCUUAUCGAAGCUGGAAAAAGAAUAGGAUCAACCUUACAUAAAACAAAUUCAAAUUAAUUGCAUAAUUCAUAAACUAAAAUUGAAAAUAAAAUUCAGCAUCAUAACAAAUAAAAAGAUCAAUAAGAACUUAUUUAAGAAAAAAGGAUUUCCGUUUGA